UCUAAGGGUUGCCAUGUGAACUUUUGCGGGUCUUUGAUUCGUGUCUUCGCGUACUAUUAAUGGCUUCUGCUAAACAGGACAGUGCCACUUACAAUAUGACCUGUUUAUUACGUGAAUGGGACUCUGCACCAAAAGAAAAACGUCGGCAAUUUUUGCAGGAUUUCAUAAGACAAUAUCGUAAUUGCUCUGGACCUGAUUUAGAAACAGAACUUGCUCAAAUGGCUAGUUUAUUCUUGGCUAGAAUAUGUGUGUGGAUAAAAUUAACGUAUGUCUUCACGUUACAUUUAUAAAAUUAGUUGAAAAUAUUUUUAUUACAUGAUGAAAUAAUCUGUUGUACAGUUAUUCAGUUGCUUUCUGCUCUUGUCUGUAAUCGGCCGCGGAAUUUGUUUACAGAUUUGUGUAAUCUUUAAAGCCUAUUAUUUUCUUAUCAAUGGGUUUUCUGCUGCUCACUGUCACCGUACAUUUCAAUUCAUAUUAUAAUCAUGAAUCAUACUCUAACCGUAUUUUUAUGUGCGAAAUUCUCCGUCAACUUGCCACACCGACAAAGCUUAUCGGAAAGCAAUUUAAAAAUAUGAUCUUGAUUGAUAAUUAGAUAUCGUGGAUUUCAAUUCGCCAGCCAUUUUAUUUUCGUCUACUCGUAUAUUUAUACUGUACUACCUCCAGUUCUACAGUUGGCAGUAUACUGGACCGAAAGACCUCUAGAUUUCUCAUUUUAUUCCCUACAAUUAUAUUUUUGUAUUAUUUAUUUGCUAUGAUAGAAUUCAAGACAAAUGUUUCGUUAUUGGUUCGUUGUAUUUUUCUUACAGUAAAUGUCGAAAUCUCUGUAAUUAAUUACUUCAUCCAUUCACUGUUUACUUCAAUUGUUUAGCGUUCACUGUAGACUUGUCCACCCUCUUUUUCGGUGUUUUCAGAGGUGUGAUUAUUUCGAACCCAUAUAUAUAUAUAUAACCAAUUAGACUGUCACAUAUAGCUUUGGCUGAUUUGUACGUGACAGUGAUUAGAGGCAGAAGGGAAGCUAGUUUAUGGCAGCUUUUGAAACAGAAACUUGCGACUUUUUUCAGUUCUCAACAAACUAUGAUUUCAUACAGCUCAUUACUCCCGCUUCGCCUGUUGUGUUAACAAGUAAAACUUUUCUCAUGAGCUGUUUUGUAAUGUAUUUUGUGUUAUAAGAGAUAAAAUCAUCCUGGAUUUCGUAGACAUCUUACAAUCUGAAUACAUUUUAUGCUAACUAGUCGAAAGGUAUUUUAGGGAUUUAUCUGUGGAUGCAUUGGGAGACAAUUCUAAUCUAAAACUCCAGGUGAUUAGUAUUGUUCAUCUUAUUUUUCGAAUGAUUUGCAUAUUCUUAGUGUUUGUUUUUCAGAUACAUGUCAGGAACUUGUUUGACUGAACAACUACAAGCUCUCCACAUAUUCUUAUCAGCAUCAAGCAGUCACAAUUACUUACUUGAGUUUCUGGAGCAUGGGGGUGUACUGUGUUUACAAGAAUUAUGUAUUUCAUCUAGUGGUAAAGAAGUGGAUAAACUUUGGGCGCUUAAAGUUCUAUCUUGCGUAGCCAGUGCUGGUACACAUUAUAAAGAGACAAUAUGUGAAUGUUAUGGUAUUCGUGCUGUUGCUGAAUGUAUGGCUAAAUCAAAAUCAGAAGAAACACAAGAAGCUGCCAGAGAUCUGCUAGAGAUAUUAGCUGAAGGCAACCCACGUUUCUCUGACCAAGUUUACAAAGGAUUAAUUGGUGUUUUACCAUGCAAUUCUCCUAAAGCUCAACAAUUAGCUCUCCAAAGUAUACGAGUUUUACAGGGUGAGCGGACAACAGCUAACCGAGCUUUAAUUGAUCGAAUAAUCUAUUUACUUGAAUCACUACAUUUGGAAGUCCAGUCAGCCGUUAUUGAACUGAUUCGUGUUCUAAUGCAUUUUGAUAUUACUGAUGAUAUUUUAUUGGCAUUAAUCACCUUGUUGAAACCACAACGUGAAAUACAGUUGGGUAAAUUGUUUACUGAAGCAGCAUCAGAUGAUGGUGAAUUCAUUUCACAUCAUUCAGACAGUGAUGACAGUGACUCCUCAAGUUCUCCCAGCAUCACAGGCAGUACAAGCGAAUUAAAAUCUAGUAAUACUGGUAAAACAUCAAUAAAGAAAGGGAAACCAUCAGAAUCGAAGACGUCUGACACCAGAAGUUAUCAUACAUAUGAUUCUAGUACCAAACGUUUUAGUGCGAGUGCAAAUGGUAAGAAGAAGAAGAACAAAAAGAAAACAAAUAAGUCCUCGGAUUCAGAGCUAGACUAUCAUCCACUGCCGGUAUUUGUUCAACAAGCAGCUGCAGCAAAAUGUUUACACAUCCUCGCCCAGGAUUCCCCAACAGUCGCAAUAAAAAUAAUCAAGAUGGGCGCUGUAUCAAGUCUUUUAUAUGCCAUGGGUAAUCUUGAAUUCCCAGAUAGUCAAAGACAGGCCAGUUUGGCUUUGGAGUAUCUUUGUCAAACAUAUCCAUUAGUAGAUCAAGUUGUCUAUGAAGCAAUGGGUCCAGUUUUACAUACCGAGUUCACUAAAAAUCCCGAUUCACAUUAUCUACAAAUGACUCCAUUACAGGCCGAUGUUUUGGUUUCGAAUAAAGUCACUUAUACUGGAGAGGGGAUAGGAGUAUAACCGAAGACCACUGUAUGCAGUGCGAAUUCGAUUAAAAGGAUUUGAAUAUAUGCAAAAUUGCCCAAAUAUCACUCAACUGUAUUCAUUUUACUCAGAAAUUCAUCUUAACCAGCACAUAUCAGUAAUGAAGUAGAGUGUAAACAAAUCAAUAAUUUAUUGAAUAUUGAUUUCAUUAUUUCCUUUUCUUAAACUAAUUCUCCCUAGACUGUGUACAAUAUACAUAUGUAUAGUGCAUAUUGUAAUCAUUCUAUACGUGUGUAUGUCCAACAAAUGAAAUUGGCUGAGAAUAAAAAUAAUAUACAGGCUUUUCUUCUCUUCUUCUGCUUGUGGUUGUUGUCAUUGCUGCUGUUAUUGUUGAUGAUGGUGGUUUAUUGUUUUAUUCGUAUGUUUUUAUAAAAUGCAUAUGUAGACGUAGCAAAAUUGAUUCUCCAUGGCACUGAUUUUUCUUUAAAUCAUUGUAACUUUUAUCGCAUAAAUGUUAAGUUAAAUAAUAUUUCUCUGUUGCUGUUCUCCAUAAAGACUGUAUUCUAGAUUCGGACGCAAAGACCACAUAGUAGAACGUACCUUACAAUCAUUACAGUUUAAAUAGCGCUUACAUGCUAUAGACAUUUAAAUAGGACUGCAUAUAUGCAGUGUGAUUUUGAAAGUUAAAGUAAUUGAAAAAAAUUAUUUACAUUUCAUGUGAGUGAUUUAUAGAGAAAAUAUUCGGCAGUAUUUGUAGAGUGCGUGAUACUGCACGCAUAUAUAUAUAUAUAUAUAUAUAU